CUUGUACCAUCUCGUCAUCCGAACAACCCAGACUUUCAGGCGAGCAAGAUCAUUGACAAUCACUUCACCAGUGACCACGAACUUUUUAAAUAAUAAUAUUCACCUGAUACCUGUUCACGAGCAUUGUUGAUGUCGCAGCCCAAUGCGAAGAGGGCGCCAACUCCGAUGCGAACAGCAGCUCCCCUUGCUCCACGCGACGCGAUGGCCGCCUCGCAGCAAGGUCACAUAGAGAACCUAGUGCAGAAGAGUCGAAAUUUGGAACACACCAUCAAGAAGCUGAACGAUGAACUCAGCCUUGAACAAACACGCACCAAGGACACUGUUAAUACUCUCAAUGCCGUAAGACAACAAUGGCGAGCAGAGCAAAAGGAGUGGCACGCUGGUUGCGAUGCUUUGCAGGCGUGCCAUACAAUUGCCCAUCUCAGGACGGCAUGCUCUUUGGACGACGAACGAAUCGCAGUGCUCAAGGAGCGCGAAAUUGCACGGCGCGAGAGGCUUGCGCGUAUACAAAGGGAUUACAAGAUCACCAUGUUUCAGGCUAGGGAGGCAGAAUUGGAGAGUCAAAUAGAGGACCUCCAGGCCGAUCUCGACUCUCGAGCGGCUCAAACAGAGUCUUUUCUUAAAUCUCGGGAUCAAAAGUAUCAGAAGACUAUCCUCGACUUACGAACAAGAGAAGCAACGCUUUCAUCUGAGUUGAAGCUGAAGUCGGACGAAAUUGUAGCAGCUCAUAAGCAACGCGAAGAUAUCGAGGAUGAACUACGGCGACUACGAGAAGCUCAAGCAGACGCAGACGCGACGACUGUUACAAAUGUGUCCAAACUUUCCCGGAUAACUGUGCAACGUGAUGGUCUACAAGCGAGGGUGACUCAACUCGAGCGGGAGCUUGAGGAUCUCAAGGAUAAUAAUGCCAAGUUACAACGUCAACUUGACAAUUGGCAAGGCUUGAAGAAAGGUGAUGACGCGGAUAUAGAGAUAUUGAGGAAGAAGAACGUCGAGUUGGAGGUUCAAUUAAGGGAAGCGAAUGCACUGACUCAAGAACGUGACAAAGCGCUCGAGAAGGAGAAAGGUCGCACUGCUAAACUUAAGGAAGUCCUCCAUGAGUGGAAGAGCGAAGCUGGGGAGCAGGACACACUCCGGAAACAGGCUGUUGAUGAAGCUACAGAUGCAAAAAAGGCAGCAGAAAAACUUGAGCAAGAGAUAUCAGACCUGAGGGCUCAGUUAACUGCCGCGCUCAAGACAUCUGCUGCUCCAAAGAGCAACACAACGCCUGCGAUCCCUUUGGCACCAGAGGAUGAGGCCGAUCAAACUCGCCCGAAACCGAAACCAAAAUCUAAACCAAAACCAGCCAAGCGCUCGAAGUCAGUUGACAGCGACCUUGAGUUGAUUGAACUUUCCGCCAAAGCAAAAGGGAAACGGAAGGCACCUCGUGAUGACAGUGCCGAUGAACGGCCUGCAGCAGAGAAACCAAAGCCUGCACGGGCAAAAAAGGUUGCCUCCACGUCAAAUGAGAAGGCACCAAAGAAACGUACCCUUGAAUCUGAAGCCAAGAACCAGAAGAAAGCUGCCGAGUCGUUGCAAACAAAGGCAUCAAAAUCUGCUGUUGUUGCAGAUAGUGCUGCAGAAGACGACCAAGAUCCGGCACCUAAGAAGAAGAAACGGAAACUCAAUGUAGGCAUCUUCCCUUCUACGCAACAACACCCUCCGGUGUUUCACUGGGACCAGGGUGAAAUCGGCCUAGGAAUCCCUACCGAGCUGUCGCCUGUGAAAGAUGCGCCACGACGAUUACAUCCAUCAAGCACAGGUCCAAGUUUCGCCAAAACUCGCGGAUGAAGUUUGUCCCAGCGCGGCAGCUGACUGAAGUCUUUGAUGUGAUCGAUGAACGUCAUGCUUGACUCUGAAUCCUUCUCGAUAGGAAAUGCGGGGUGACUGUUGGGUGACUGUUGGGUGACUGACGAGUUGUUAGUCAUAGUUCUACGGGUCAAAAUGUGCUAAUGAACCCGCAAACGGCGCGCUGUAGGAAGGCGAGUGAAGUAUGAUCAUUUCAGGAAUUUUAUCUUUAGACUCAAUAGUAGCUUGUAAACAAGUUUCCUUGCUGACUUUCGAGACAAGUGCAAAAGAACUUCGCAUUUUUACAACUC